GUGAUUCCUCUCGAUCAUUCUGCAGCUAAGAUGGAUUUAACAGCAGAUGUGUAUGGUACAAACCAAGAUGCGACAGUAUAUGAAGAUGAUACCCUGAUAAUGGGCGAUACUAUUGAUGAUAUUCUUGACCGGGAACUUGCCAACUGUAGCUCUGAACAUGAAUUCAUAUCAGGUGAUUUUGAUGCGUCUAAACUUGAGAAAUUGGAGAACCCAACUGAUAUUGCUGGUGAAGAAAUUGAAACAUUUGAAGAAGCCAGUCUUCGUGAUGUACAAGAUGAUGGACCUCGUGCAAAUACUACAGAUAAUCUACUUGAUUUACAAACUGAUAAAAUUGUACCUAAUGAAGGUGAACAAAAUUGUGUUGACAGUUUGGAUGACAAAAAAGAUGUAUCAUCUCUUGAUGAGAUAGAUUCAAAUGGUGAUGAUUCAAUUAUUGGUGCUAAUGAUACAAUAGAAUAUAAUGUACAGCUUACCGCAGAAAUGUAUGUUGAUAAGGUUGAUGUUUCUGAUACCAUCUUUGACAAGUCAGAUAGUGAUAGUUGUAAUGAUGAGAAGGAAAAGGUAAUAGGUGAUAUCUUAGAACGUCUUACUGCUGAUGAAAGAGAGUCAGGGAAUGCUAAUGAAAAACAUAAAAGUGGUGAAAAUAUUGUAAAUAGUGUACAUACACAGAAUAUUGUUACUGAAAAUCAAAGUAAUGUAAUUAUCAACAUAGUUGAAAAUGGUGAAAAAGUAACCAACACUGAAGUUCAAAAUGAUAACAAAUGUUUUGAAAAUGGAUUUCAGAGUGAUGAAAAAGAUUCUGAGUCAGUAGGUGAUGUUGAGGUCAACACUUCACUUAAAAAUGAAGGAAAAAUCAUCAAUUAUGUUGGGGAAAUUAACAAUACUGAAUCGGAAACUGUGAUGGACACUGAAAAACAAACUAUUGAAAAUGGUGUAGAAAGUACAGUUCAAACUGGUGAAAAAGUGAUUGUUCCAAUAUCCAACAAGUCAAAAUCUACUGAAGAAGACAUAGUCAAAAAGGAUGAAAACAAUGAAGCUGAGAUUGAUGAUAAGGUCUGUGAAAAAAUCAAUGCUGAAGAUGAAAAGUUGAUUGACACUGUUGUACAAACUGAUGAAAGGAGCACAGAAAGUGUAGUUGAAAAAGAGGCUGCACCAGUCGGUGGAAAAGAGGUUGUUCCAGUCACAGAGUCGGAAUAUGCUGAAGUAGAUGAUGUCGAGACUGUCACUUCUGUUGAAAAGGAUAAACAUUUCACUGAUAAUGAAAAUGAGAUUGCUAAAAUCAUGAAGGAUCCUGUCACAGAGGUAGAGGAGGAAUGUACUGAAUUAGCUAAAGAAACUGAUACUGAAAAUAUGAGUAUUGAACAAGAUGUUGAUUUGCCCACCUAUCUGAAGCCUGAUACGAGACCAGUUGAUAAUGAAAACAUCACAGAUGUGGUAAUAAAGGAUACAACAGAAGAAGAUAAUUUGAUAUGUUCCAAAGACAUCAAUCAACAAAAUGAUAAAUCUGAGGUGCUUGAGACAUCUAUAAGUCAAGAUGAGGAAUUCUUUGACAGCUUUAAUAACACGGCAGAUGUCACAUCAGCAGAUAUACCAGAUGAUGAUGAAGAAGGAGGGGAAUCUAAAACUUGUGAUGUUCAAAAAGAUCAAGUGCAGAGUGAAAGUGAUUCUGACCUACAUUUAGAUUCAACUAUAUCUGAUCUUCGCUUUGAUUCAGCUACUGAUCAGGAUGAAGAAACUCAAGAUCAAGGAAAUAACAUAGAAUCCCAAAUGAAUACUAGUGAAAGUGAUAUAUCUGAUCUGGUGCUUGAUAGGUCCUAUGAUCACUUUGAGGAUUCCUUGCCAGACAUACAUGAACCUGAUGUUCCAGAUGACUGUGUAACUCCUACACCUGCUGACAUUGAAGAUAAGCAUGACUUGAAUGCUGAGAAAUCACCUGAGCAAGAGGAAGCUGUAACACCAAAAAUUGAAAUCCGUAAGGAAAUUGAGUAUGAAGAGGAAAUAUUACCAAAGUUAGAGAAGUUUGAUGGUUUGGAACCAGACAUUGAUGAUGAAGCUAAGAACGUUGCUGAUCUUGAAGAUGAACCUUUGAUGACUGCAAUACCCAUUGGAAACGGCAUUUCUCUCAUAAAUGAUGACGAUGAUGAUAAAAUGGAUGCAGUUGAUGAUGAAGGUGUUCCCAGAGAUGGAGCAGACCCAAGGCUUUAUGACCCUUUUCAAAAUAAUCCCCCUGCUACUAGUGGGGAUGGAGAAACCAAUAUUGUAGAAAAGUCAACUGCCUAUGCGGAAAAACCACCCUCAACGAUUGAAAAAGCAGAGGAGCAAUCCAGCAACCAUCCAGAUGAAGAACUUCAAUCCAUUAAAGAUGACAAAUCUUUGGUGUUUAAAAAGAAUAUUCUUGUUUUCUCUGUGGAUGAUAAAUCUACUCAAUCUUCAGAAACUACCCCUGCCAGCACUGGAGAAAAGGAUUUGAACACAUCUAAUAAUGACAUAAGUGAAGGACUUUCUACUAGCUCUGCUGAUGAAUCUCAAGGGACACAGAUUUCAUCAGAGGAAUCUUCUGAGAAGCUAAUAAACCUGACAGAAGGAAUGUCCAAUCUUCCAGAUGAAGCUCUCACAUCUGUUGCAGAUCAAGAUGAAUCUGGAGAGGAAUCCUCUCCUGAGGAACAACAUAUUGCAACUGAAGAGAAGUUAACAUCUGUAGAUAAAAUGCCUGCUGAUCCACAGAAUGAUGAUGAGCUUGCAACCGAGGCAGCAGACAAUUCCACUGACUUAACACCCAAAUAUGUCUCCAUUGAUGAGAAAUGUAACUUGCCUGAAGAUAAUAGCAUCAUAGAUGAAGAGAAAACUGGGACACCUGUAUGGGAGCUGGAUGAUGUAGACAUUUGUGCUGUACAGCGUGCCACAACUCCCCUGAUGGAACCCCCUAGUGAAUCAUCCUUAACAAAGACUCCUCGCCUGGUACAGUAUGACUCAUCUGAUGAUGAGAUACAGUUCAAGUCAUAUGAUACCACUGGCCUCUCAGAUGAGAUAGAUUAAGAACAUAACAUGUGAAAACAGAAUACAUAAAAUAACUUGGAACUGAUUCAUUGAAAUAUAUUUGCAUAACUAUACAAACAUUUGAGCCACGAAUCUUAUAUGGAUGGUUUAGAACAGGGUCAGUGUUGGUUAUUUUUUCAUCAAAGUAAACUUUAUCCAGAUGGGUAUUGUGAUUGUGGUCUGGUACUUAUGAGUAAAAAAUAUUGGUACGUGUUAUCAAUAAACAUCCAAGUUAGGAAUUGUGGUUUCCUUGCAGCAAACAUCCAAAUGUGAGGGAUGAUCAACAAGAAGCUGUUAACAUUGUCAAAGUUAAAUGUUACAAUGUUAAAAAAGCUUUCCCUUUACUUCUGUCACUUCUUAUUGAGCACCCUUCGUUCAAAUUGUGCAGAAAUGGACAAAUACAGUGUGAUUGUGAAACUGAAGAUCAAAUCAAGAGUUCUCAUGUUGUUGUUUUUUUAUUAAGUUUAUAUAUGCCAUUGUUUCUUAUGAAAUCAACUGAUCUUUUGGUUUGAACCUUUCUAUGUUGAACAUUGAUAGCAUUAGUGUUUGAUUCAAGAGUUGUUUUUUUUAUUAUGUUGCUACGCACAUGCACACUUAGUUGCAUUUCAGGAUUGUUACAUACUAUGAACAGUUCAUUAGAUAAUACAUAUACACAUAUAGGCAUUGUGUAUUUUAUACAAAAAAAUAAGAAAUUCUGGGGAAUUUGCAUCUGCUUGAACAAUUUCCAUCACAUAAGUUGCCACAUACCACAGUAUACUUAAUUCUAUGGUGAUAUGUACCAGACAUCGCUUAAAGAACGUGUAUUAUUAAAGUAUAUCUCAAAUUGUAGGUUAUUGGUAGCAUUGUUUAUGGUAUUAUAAUCAGUAAAGUGUAUUAUAAAAAUAACUGUACAGCCAUAUUUUGAUGAUAUUCAUUUACAUUCAUAAUUGAGAGUACAGGGGAAUCAACUCCAUUUUUGAAGAUGAUGGUUUAUUCCACUUUACAAUUACUUUUGUGUUUAGAAUUAUAAUAGCUAACCCCUUUGUACCAACUUGAUUUUUUCAGAAAUAAACAAUUACAUGUUAUCUCUUAAACCUUAUUUGUAUCUUAUUUGUAGCUCACAUGGUUGAGCUAUAUUUACCAAACACUUUUGACUACUUGUCAGUCACUUCCCACAGAGGCCUGUAUAAAUACAGCUACUCUUCAGUGUAAAACUAUAUUUUAUUU